GCACUGCUCUGGUCAACAAACCUCUAGUAGAAGACUUGCUGUAAACUUCACUAACUCUCCGCGCUUGAUAAGCACCGACAUGGAAGCCCUCCGGUCGGCUGGAAAGGCCAUCAUCCGGAGGCCGAGCCUGGCAAAGGAGUCAUGGUCCGCCGGCAGACACCGAAAGCUUCCAGAGAACUGGACGGAUACACGGGAGACCAUUUUAGAGGGGAUGACCUUUAACCUCCAGCACCUCGGCAUGACACUAGUAGAUCAACCUAAAGGUGAGCAGCUGUCGGCUGCUGCUGUGAAGAGGAUCGUUGCUACGACCAAAGCCAGUGGAAAGAAACCACAGAAGGUUUCUCUGAAGGUCUCUCCUCAAGGCCUCAUGGUGUUGGACAGGUCUACCAAUAAGCUUCUGGAAAGUGUUUCUAUAUACAGGGUGUCCUACUGUACGGUGGACAAGGUGCAUGAUAAAGUGUUUGCCUACAUUGCCCAGAACGCCCACAAUGGGACACUGGAAUGCCACGCUUACCUCUGCUCCAAGAGAAAAGUGGCACAGGCAGUGGCUCUUACAGUCGCCCAGGCAUUCACUGUAGCCUUUGAGCUCUGGCAGGUGGCAAAAGAAGAGAAAGGGGAGAGAGUAAAGUCUGGAUCUGCAGGAGAUGCCAGCAGCAGUUCCCUCUCCGAGAGGUCCAACAGUUUAGGGAGCCUGAAAGGAACAGAUGCAACCACAGAAAUUCUUUUGGACCUGGAGUGUGGUGUGAAGUUGGUUGUGGAGAAUAAUGGGAAUACAGACCAGGAUCAGCUGGCUAACCAGGGCUCCUCCCAGACCAACAACAGCCCUGCCUCGGAAGUUGAAGACGGUUUGGACGAAGCUUUUUCCAGCUCUGCUCUGGAUAGCUUUGGUUCAUUUGCAGACUCGCAGCAUCGCGUACUAACCCCCAGGUCUUGGACAUUGGGGCGAUGACUAAAGACUGGCUCAACGAACCGGAUGACAGGACUCAUGGAAACAGUCUCACCAGUUUCAGCUCAUACAAGGACUUUGGUUUCUGAUGUCUAACCGCUGCACAGCAGAGAGGGACGAUAACGCGAAGAAAUCGAAGAGCGGAGGCUGUUCUUCCUUUAAUUCAACGCAAGAUUCAAAUGUUUCUCAUGGGGCAACAACAGGAGCUGCUCUGUGCAACCUUUUCACCCUGCUUUUGCACUUUUAACUUUUCAUUUUGAACAAAGCUCUGGCUGCUGCAUCUGCACACCAAAGUAAUAAUCCUGUAUUAAUGUUACGUCUCCCCACCUGUUACAGAGCAAGCAUAGGUGUAGAGCGAUCUUACUGCACAAUCAGCCUUAUGACAGCAUUUGUCAAUCUGUUUUUCACUAUUUCUGGAAAUAAGUAUCUUACUCAGAAGUACGUAAGAUGUAUGCAUUUGGUUAGAUUGUAUAGUUAGAGAUUUUUUCUAUGUAUAAAGUUUAACUUGAGGAUCAGACAACCUUAACGAUUGCAGCAUAAAUCCUGUUAUCCAGUUAAUAAUGAGUGCCUUUAAAGUGUACUUCUGAUCCUCUUUUUUUCUAACUGAAAUAAAUCUAUGUAUAAUUUGAAAA